GUGAAACACAGGUUACAGCCUUUCAAAGGUGUUGCGACUCUGUGCUGCAGGUUCCGUUGGGUGACUGGACAACACUUAGGCUUGGGGUUGGACAGUGUGAUGUCACAGAGGCAUGUUUGGAGCGAAUGCAUCCUGAUACUACUUUCUCCGGUGAUAGAUGGACCAAAUGACUAUGUUUCCCAGCCUGCAGAUGAAAACAUGCUAUUGUAUGCUACUGUUGAACUCCAUGCUUUCACCCCAGGAAAGGAGUCAUGGGAAAUGUUGCCUAAUGAAAAAUGGGAUUGGGUGAAAUUACACAAAGACAGGGGUGGUGCAAGAUUCAAGAAUGGGGAUUUGUAUGGUGCUGUGGACAGCUACAGCCGGGCCAUGAAAUUCCUUAUCCCUCUUUAUGGUCACAUGCAAAAUCUGGAGAAUAAAGGACAAGAGCAAAAAGUGGAAGAUCAGCUCGACACCGACGAUGAAACCCGCCUUCCUUCAGCUAACAAAUUAAGAACUGUCAAAGCAGAGCUACAUUCAAACCUAUCCUUGUGUCAGCUCAAACUCAACCAAGCAGAGUUGGCUAAAGCCAGUGCAGCUAAAGCUACUGAACUGGAACCAGGUGGAACCAAAGCUUGGUACAGACUGGGCCAGGCCUGCCAGAUGGCUAAUGAACUGCAGGAGGCCAAGCAGGCGUUCAGAAAACUCCUGCAGUUGCAGCCAGAAUCACUUUCUGCUUUAAAGGCACUUAAAGACAUAGCAAGUAGAGAGAAAGCAUCAAAUGCACAAUUAGGGAUAAGACUGAGUAAAAUGUUCAGCUGAAUGUUGAAUAGUCACAUCAUCAAGUGCAAAAUCCUUUUCCAAUUAUCAGAAUGUAACUGAUGAAAACUACAGUUACUCAAGUAUAGAACUUGUUUGCUUCUGCUUCUGCUUCUGCUUCUGCUUUGAUAAGAAGAGAGAGGGGGUUGUAGUGAAUAUAUAAUCCCACAGAACACUGAAGGACACAUAAUGAACUGUUUGUGUGUUUCCCUACCCUCUGCUCACAAUUAAAUACUGUUGUUAUUACCGUUU